AUGUGCUGCUCCGGGGGCGCCGGGGGCACCAGGAUGACGAGGUGCGGCCUGGUCUGCGGAUUGGCCGCCCUGGCCGCCCUAACGACCGCCCUCCUGGGCCCUGCUUGGCUCCACACCGAGGAGAGGCUUUACCUGCCCCACCUGCCCAGACACCUCGCCGCCACCGUCAGCGUCAGGUUCAAGCUGGGCCUCUUCAGGGCGUGCCCGAAAAUCGUCAAGCCGGCCAACCUGACUGCGCACGUCUCCACCCCUGCUUGCAGCUACAUCCGGUACAGCAGUGCCGACGACGUGCGGCCCCAGGAACUCGGAUUUCUCCAUCUGGACUUCACGCCGACGGUCGUCUCGAAGAUGAGGAUCUCGGCGCCCUUCCAAGUCGCGGCCGUGGCCUUGAUCCUUGCGGGGACCAUCUCGGCGAUGAUCGGCCACUGCUAUUCCGACCACAGGACUCUCGUGGCCUGCGGACUCUUCCUCCUGGGGGGGCUCUCCCUGGGCGGAGGAUUGAUCGUCCUGGCGUCUGCCCUCUCGGACGCCUCCCUGGAGCUGCCCAGGAAGUACAGUCUGCCCUCUCCAGGACUCUCCCCGGAGGAGAAGGGCCUGCCCCAGUACCAGUACGGAUGGUGCCUCCAGCUCUCGGGACUGGCCCUCAUCCUGGCCGAGGUGGCGGCCCUCUUCACCAUCUCCGGGUACAUGGCCAGGUUCCCCACCGUCGAGGACAUGGUGAGGGUGAUGGUCCCUGGAGCCGAGAGGAAGCUGCGGGAGCAGAGGGGCCUGAGCUCGGAGUACUUGGUCAGGGCCCACCAGAAGUCCCCAGGGACUCAGCAAGCCCGUGGGUACCAUCCAACCUCCAAAGCGCCCCAGAGACUGGCCGAGGAGGGGACGUCUCUUCUGUGCAAGUCCGCCCCCGACAUCUGCGCCUCCAAUCCCCAGGCGAUCAGCUACGUCGACAAGACGGAUCUUUCUAACGUCUUGCCGGCCUACCAGGAGCAGAAGAUGUUGGACACGCGGUUCUCCUACGUAGAGAAGCCCGACCAGAGCGUCGUCGACUCGAGGCUGAGCGGCUUCGCCGACAAGGAGGGCCUCAUGGACUCGCGGAUCCUCUCCGAGUCGAGGCAGAACAUGAUCGCGUUUACCGACAGCAAGGAGCACAGCUUGAAUCAGGAGCCGAGGUACACGGAGUUCAGCGGUCGAGGGGAGCAGUCGGUAGUGGACUCCAGGUUGAGCGGCUUCGCCGAUAAAGAGGGACUCCUGGAUUCCAGACUCGCAGGGUAUCCGGAUAAGGCGGAAUCCCUCCUGGAUACUCCUUUCGGGUUCGAUGCUCGUUUCAACAGCCUGGCCGGUCAGACCGUCCCCAUCACCCUAAAACACCAGAACACCUCGGUCUCGGCGAUCCAGUCGCAGUAUAUAUACCAGAACUUCGGUACCAUCCACUCGGGCAUCCUGAGGGUCUCCGAGCAGGGCGCCAGCUCUAGCUCCAACUCCAGCCAGAGGAGCAUGACCCUGCAGAAUCCUAAGAAGAAGUCCCAAAUCGCUCAGAAUACCUUCAGCACGAUGGAGUGCGAGAAGCGGAAGCGAGCCCCUUCGGGGAAGGCGGGCUUGUAUGCAGGAAGCGCCGUAUGACCGCCACCCCCGCCCCCGACGCCCAGGUAACUUCCGGAAGAUGAGACCAGCCUGUAGCAUCGGGGACUCAUCCCAAGGACGCGAAGGACGUGGAGGAGACGAAGGGCUUUCAAGGGAUCCAGGGACUCCAGGAACACCUAGAAUUUAAAUGGUUAAUAUCGAAAUGUACAUAGUUAAAUAUGGUGGUGGACUAUUAAAUGCAUGAGGUGGUGGAUGGGUGGUUAUUCCUCCUCUCCUGGGGAGGGGAGGAAUCCGACAAACCAGUCCAAAUUAAUCGGUCUCUAGUUCUAAGGCCUGUAGACGUUUACCUGGAGGGAUCAUCAUCGAGGGC